AAGACCGCGCUCGCGCAGCAUUCAGUGAGGUCUGAGGCCACGCAGCGGCGAGUUCGCAGUUCGCGUGUGAGGAUUGAAGGGUAGAAAAUUACAUCAUGGUCGUACAGAGAUAAUCCUUCAGCUGAGUGGAAGACGCCACUACUUCUAUCUGGAGCAUAUUUUUGCGUAGAUGAAACAGCGUCAGCCUUUUUGGACAUUUUUAGGCUUCGCAGAUAAUUUAUCCAUGCGUGUCCGCCGGCUCUCGGCGCGGGUUUAAGGUUAGCUCAGCGGCGCAUUUCGAACCUUCCUAACAAGGCAACGUUUCGGGGGCUCCAGCGGCGACGCUAAACUAGCAGCCCUGCUAGCUUGGCCGGUGCGCUCGCGCGUCGCUGCUGCGUGGGGGAUGUUGUCCGUGCUGUCGUACGGUAGACUUGUAGCCAGAGCUGUCAUCGGCGGACUCUCCCAGACAGACAGCCGCGAUUACAGUCUGGUGACGGCGAGCUGCGGCUUUGGAAAGGACUUCCGGCGAGGCAUUUUAAAGAAGGGGAUGUGUUAUGGGGACGACGCGUGCUUCAUCGCUCGACACAGAUCGGCGGAUGUUUUGGGUGUUGCAGAUGGGGUUGGAGGCUGGAGAGACUAUGGUGUUGAUCCAUCGCAGUUUUCAGGAACUUUGAUGAAGACGUGUGAGAGACUCGUUAAGGAAGGACGCUUUGUCCCCAGUAACCCUGUUGGUGUCCUGACGACAAGCUACUAUGAGCUACUACAGAACAAAGUACCUCUACUGGGCAGCAGCACCGCCUGCAUUGUGGUCUUGGACCGGCAGAGUCACCGUCUGCACACGGCCAAUCUAGGAGACUCCGGCUUCCUCGUGGUCCGGGGUGGAGAGGUGGUCCAUCGCUCAGAUGAGCAGCAGCACUAUUUUAACACCCCCUUUCAGCUGUCCAUAGCUCCCCCAGGGGCAGAGGGGGCUGUCCUCAGCGAUAGCCCUGAUGCCGCCGACAGUUCCUCCUUUGACGUGCAGCUGGGUGACAUCAUCCUCACUGCCACUGAUGGCCUCUUUGACAACAUGCCCGACUACAUGAUCCUGCAAGAGCUCAAAAAGCUGAAGCAGAACACAAACUAUGAGAGCAUCCAGCAGACUGCGCGCAGCAUCGCAGAGCACGCUCACGUACUGGCGUACGACCCCAACUACAUGUCCCCUUUUGCACAGUUUGCCUGUGCCAAUGGACUGCAUGUGAGAGGAGGAAAGCCAGAUGACAUCACAGUACUGCUCUCCAUAGUGGCAGAAUACACAGACUAGACUUCUGUCUCUGGAAGCGAUAAACUGCUUAGUUUCCUGCUGGUCAGGAUGAAAGAUGGACGCCCUCAGCCGUACGCUAUCCGCUUCCUGUCCUCCAAAACUGUUUACAGGUCAUCUUCUCUGUGCGCUUAAGAGAAGAGUUAGAGGAAGGAAACAUAAAAUCAUUUUAGCCUGCUUCCACUGUUGGCAUCUUGGCAGUGUUGCAUGGUUAGUUGGGUAAUCCCAAUGCCAAGGAUAAGCAGUCUCUGGGCUCAUGAGAAAGGAAGAAGGGGUUUUUCUCUAAAAGGUGAAUUAAACAGAGAGGAUGCUGAAACUGAAAACGGGGGCAGAUGGCGUUGGGAUGUCAGAAAGAGGCCGCAAGCUGGCCUGUGAGGAGGGAAAUGAUGAUGGCCGCCGUUGGUGUUAAGAAGGGAAGAGUACAGGAAAUGGCAGCUCUAGGGCUCAACGAACAGGCUGCUCUGUGCACGCCGAUGUCCAUGGUACAAAGAAAGGUAGAAAAAAAACUCCUGUGUGUGUUCAGGAAACAUGCACUCUUUAGUUUUUACUGAAUAAAGAGUACAUUUGCAUACAUGUGGAUGAUUUACCCAUAAAGAUUACAUAGUGAGAGGCAACAGCUGCCUUUUCCUUAACGUUGCCGUUUAGGACUCGCACCUAUUUUGUUACAUAAUGGGAGAGUUAUUUAUAGUUCAGAAGCCUCUCUAGAACUAUAUUGUGUGUCAAACGGAUGUCCUACCUUUAAUCUUAUGACUGCUGCUGCUGAAGUCUUGUGGUUGUGCGUGUUGUCUGGACGGAAGGGUUGUUGUGUGACGAAUGCAUCCGUGCUUGUUUGUUUUAUGAGGUAAUCUGUGUUGCUGAAAUGGGUAUGAAGGUUUCAGACUACUUUAUAUCCACUGGGCUUCAAUAGUCUGGCAGCCAUAAACGCACAAAGCUUAAGGAACAUAUCUGAAAAAUGGAAGUAGGUCACGUGACCAAGUGUAUUUCUGUAACUCUUCAGAGCUUUUUCUUUUUUGUUUUGGAUCUGUUCUGCCCUGGAUUCAACUGUGGUUCACAAUCAAGCUGUUUUGUUUUUGGUAAAAUCACACUGUAGGUUUUGUCUGAAUACUGGUCUCAUGUCUCCAUCCCACCACUACUAAUGAGUUCUGUGCUUUCCUGCAGUCUGGACCCACAGUUGAAGACAAUAAUUGUGUUUUUGUGUGUGCGCACUUGCAAAAAAUGUAAUGAUGUGCCUUGUAUCAGGUGAUGUUGAUACUGGCAAAUUCCUAUUUUGUUCUCUCAACCUCCUAUAUGCCAGGUGUUUAGAGCACAACCUGAAACUGUACGGUAGCCAUAAGAGUUCAAACAGCGCCGGCUGUCUAAACACAGAGGCUUUUUCAUUCCCACCGGAUUCCUCCCCUCCCGAAAUCUCUGCACGUAGUCUUAAAGUUUAGAAACCAAACUCUCCUCAUUGCAUUAUAUGAGAACUGGACUGAGAGACUCCUCCCCCCUUUGCGUUCCUAACAGGACGUACCCAAUCCAAGCCAAAAUCCCGUAAACAUCUAUUGAGAAAUAAACAGCUAUCACUGUCAUAUUUUUCAGAAUAACCUUUCUUGCUCUAUUACCUUUUUUUUUUUUUUUAACAUGGUCUUCCUAGUUCAGUUAAAAACUGACCAAUGUGAUGCCUCAAUAAAAGUAUGUGGUGCCUGCUGGCGCCCCAAGUCCAAUACUUCUCACUAUAUAGUGCAUCUGCCAUUUUGCAGUGCUGGCAAAAUCUACAAUUCCAAAAUUAAGUGCCCUAGAAAUUUCCCAACAUUGCUCACUGGAUUGGAGAAUAUAGACCACAAUGUCUUUUUUUCACAUAAUAUUCCUAAUUUUCAUCUUUAAAAUGUAGUAGAUUCAAUGAAUCUUUGUUAAAUGCUCGUAUUACUUAGGUUUUUACUUUAUGAAAUCAAUUAUAUUAUAUUUGCAGUUAAAAAACAAAAAAAUGUAGUUAGCACGGUGUCUGAAUUGCAUUUAAAGUCCAGGGCACUAGAUAGUCCUGCACUCAAUAGUUUUUUUUUUUUUUAGAAGUUAGGAAGUAGGGUGGGAAAUAAAAUAUAACCAAAGUUUCCCAAGCCCGCUUCCUUGUAGUGGGGGUGUCGACUUCCAGCAAGCCCCCUCCUGAUUGGCGAGAGUUGUUGCCAUAGAGGCGUCGACCCAAACUGACUCGGACUAAUCACUGCAUACUGAUGUCAUUUGGCUCCAACAAGGCAAAUCCCCCCCCAAAUUUGCGACUGAAUGCAUGGACUUCAUUUGGUUGGAGACAUUUUUACUUGGUCUCACUCGGUCCAGUUCUCAUUUACAGUCAGUGGUCUGCACUCGUGUAGUGGAACGUUAACUGCUGUGUCUGUCGUCACUUCGGCUGGCACUGGAUGGCUCACACUUAAAAGUGUGAUCCCUGAUGACAAUCUAAGCAGCUUUAGGCGAAUGUUCUGGUUCUACCACUGCCCCUGCAUCCUGACUCACACCUCCACUCAUUUUCUGUCCAUCUCCCAUUGACUUCAUCUUCUAGACCACGUUGACCAUAAACAUGUAAGGAGGUCUCGGCACUGUCAAGGGGAAAUCCAAUCUGUAUUUUAUUUAAAUAAAGAAUAUAGUAUUUAUUA